CUUCCAUCUGCCGAUUGGGGAGUACAAAGUGGUGGUCCGUCUCGUAUCAGCAAGAGGGAUUGCAUUGCUCCAAACUCAAAAUAUCAGGUCAUUUCUCCAUCAGUGUCGUGUAACCACCAUGGACUUCGCAUCACAAGUCAAGCGUCUCCGUGCGGGUCUAGCGCCUGAGUUCCCUGCCCACGCGGAUGGUCUUGAGUAUGCCCAGACGCUGGAUGCGCAAGACGAACUUGGACAUCUCCGAGAUGAGUUCAUCCUACCAACCAAGGGUUCUCUGAAAAAGACGGCAUUGGAUGGGGUCCUUCCAGGGGCUGAUGUACACCCGACACUUUUGAACGGCACCCAUACCAGCAACGGCCAUAGGGAUGGCCAAGAAAAUGGCGCAGAUGCAAAUUCCCAGCCAAACAACAACAGCAACACCAGCAGCGACGACGACUCCUCGCCAGCAAUCUAUUUCGUCGGCAACUCUCUGGGCGCGCAGCCAAAGGCCGUCCGUAAGUACCUUGACGCGCACCUGGAGACGUGGGCCUCUCUGGGGGUGAACGGCCACUUUUCCGACCUCGAGGGCUCACCGCUGGUGGCCUGGCAGCACAUGGCCGACGACUGCGCCAAGAAGUCGGCCGACAUGGUGGGCGCGUCGCCGGGCGAGAUCGUCAUCAUGAACACGCUGACGGCGAACCUGCACCUGAUGCUGGCGAGUUUCUACAAGCCGACCGCCAAGAGGCACAAGAUCAUCAUGGAGUGGAAGCCCUUCCCCAGCGACUACUACGCCGUUGAGUCCCAGAUCCGAUGGCACGGCCUAGACCCAGCCACGUCCCUGAUAACAAUCCAGCCGGACGCCGACUUCCGCAUCGCGACGGACAAGAUCCUCUCCGCCAUCGACGAGCACGCCGACUCGGCCGCGCUGCUCCUCCUCCCCGGGGUGCAGUACUACAGCGGCCAGCUCUUCGACAUGGUGCGCAUCACGCGGCGCGCGCACGACCGCGGCCUCGUCGCGGGCUGGGACCUGGCCCACGCCGCCGGCAACGUCGAGCUGGCGCUGCACGACUGGGACGUCGACUUUGCCGUCUGGUGCACCUACAAGUACAUCAAUGCCGGCCCGGGCUCCAUCGCGGGGGCCUUUGUGCACGACCGCCACGGCAAGGUCGACUACCCUGCGAACGGCGGCGGGGCCCCGUCCUUCCGCCCGCGCCUGUCGGGCUGGUACGGCGGCGACGUCUCGGUGCGUUUCGACAUGGAUAACGUGUUCAGGCCCGCGCCCGGCGCGAGCGGGUUCCAGCUGUCGAACCCGUCCGCCGCCGACCUCGCCUCGCUGUCGGCCGCGCUGUCCGUGUUCGGCCGCACCAGCAUGGCGGCGCUGCGGUCCAAGUCGCUGGUGCUCACCGCCUACGCGGAGUACCUGCUCAAGGGGAUCCUGGCCGGGGUCGGCGGCGGCGGCGGCAGGGGCGGGGGCGGCGAGAAGGGGCCGCCUUUCCGGAUCCUCACGCCCGAGAAUCCCCUGGAGCGUGGGGCGCAGCUCAGUGUGCUCCUGCGGCCCGGGCUGCUGGAGCGGGUCGGGGCGGCUCUCAAGAGCGGCGGCGUCGUCUGUGAUCAGCGGAAGCCAGACGUGAUACGGGUUGCGCCGGUGCCCAUGUAUUGCACCUUCAGUGAUGUGUGGAUGUUUAUGAAGAUAUUUCGGGAGUCCUUGCAGGUAGACUAACUAGAGAGUAACUAAUAUUAAGAUGCAAACUUCUUUUUGAACGUGACUGUCCUGCUGUUCGAGUACUGGGUUAUCGGGGAAAUGGGGGCUCACACGGUGUGUUGCACAUGCUUGUCUGAGGAUAUGAAUUUAGUAUUCGCUACCAGUCGCUGGAUUGUGAGGGAGUUCGCCUAGAGUGGUUUCGGAGAAUAAAUGUUUGCUACCCAGUUCAUGAAACAGUGUUUGUUU